AUGGGAAAAUUGAGGGAGGUUUUGGAGCACCCAGAUGAACUGAUACCUUUAGUGCAGAUGGCCUUCGCAGCCAAGCGUGCAAAAGUGCUUCCAAAAGAUAAAAGUCUCGCCUUUUGUUACGACAUGCUCAACAGAGUAUCAAGAAGUUUCGCUGUGGUGAUUCAGCGCCUCCCAACAGAGCUGCGCGAUGCAGUGUGCCUCUUCUAUCUGGUGCUGAGAGCACUGGACACAGUGGAGGAUGAUAUGGCCGUGCCUGUGGCCACAAAAGUACCUCUGCUGCGAGUGUUCCACGAAAAGAUAUACGACAGAUCAUGGAAGAUGAGCUGUGGCUAUGGGCCGUACGUCGACCUCAUGCAGCAGUAUUCUCUGGUUACAGAUGCAUUCCUGCGGUUAAAACCCAUGUACCAGAAGGUGAUUGCUGACAUCACACGGCGCAUGGGGGAGGGCAUGGCGGAGUUCAUUGAGAAGGAGGUCAUCAGUGUGAAGGACUAUGACCUGUACUGCCAUUAUGUGGCUGGUCUUGUGGGCAUCGGCCUGUCACAGCUCUUUGCCUCAAGCCAGCUGGAGAGCGAGGAGUUUGCAGAUAUGGAAUUUCUGGCCAACCACAUGGGGCUCUUCCUACAGAAGACCAACAUCAUCAGGGAUUACCUAGAAGACAUCAAUGAGGAGCCUGCGCCCAGGAUGUUCUGGCCAAAGGAGGUGUGGGGCCGCUACACCAGGAAGCUCGACUCGUUCAAGGCGCCGGAGAACUCCGCAGCCGCGCUGGGCUGUUUGAACGAGCUCGUGACAGAUGCGCUGUGUCACGCACCGCACUCGCUGGCCUACAUGGCCAAACUGCGCGACCAGGAUGUGUUCCGUUUCUGCGCGAUCCCACAGGUCAUGGCCAUUGGGACGCUCGCGCUGUGCUAUAACAACCACCGCGUCUUCACAGGUGUGGUGAAGAUGCGCCGGGGAGAAACAGCCAAGUAUGUGCAGCAGCUGGGCAGCAUGGCGGACCUCUAUGAGGCAUUCGACCACUUCGCUGGCUCUCUCGCUGCGCAGUAA